AGUAUCUGUGAACAGUCACACAGAGGAAGGGCGCGACCACAAAAUUAUGGAUCUGAUGUAAUAAACUGGCAAAACUUGCUGCAGUACCGUUCUCAUUCUGCAAAUGAUAUGUUGAAUUAUCAUGCCGAGGCCAGAUUUGUGAUGGCUACUUCACAGUUUGAAGUCCAUACUCAGUCGUACCAGUGUGUAUGUUUGCCCCUGGCACGGCUGGCAAGGGUAUACAGAUCAAUGCAGGAAUUAAUUCGUUGACCGGCAUGGAUUGAUACACAUUAAGGGUGCCCGUUUGGCAGACCGAACUUGUAGUCAUGAAUAGCAUAUGCAUUCGAGAUAGCUUCUCUUUCGCGAUAUUAUUUUAUGCCAAACCGUUUAAUAUUUUGAUGAAGAUGACCCGAGCUUCUUGGUAAAAUGUGAUCAAAUUGCUUUCUUUUCCGGAGAAAAUAGAAUAAAGAGCAAAUCUCCUCGCGUCUGCCAAAAGGUUUGUGAUUCUGACCAAACUUCCAACAUCGCAUUGCCGUCACGUUAAGAAGGAAACCUCACAGUCUUGUCGCUAUUCAACGGUUUGCAGCAAGGCCUGGAAAAGGAGCAAGAAAACCGGUUCACUCUGGGAGCUUGCCUGCUGUAUUUCAACCUUCCGAACAAUUCAGAUGAAAAGACAGGGCACGCUACUAGACUGAAAUCAUUUCAACACACUGGGUCAAUCACAUCACAGAAAGAGGUGAGACGUAAAAACAAAGUGAAAAUACAGACAAUGUAGUUUUCAUUUGACUAUUUACACAUUGUCACCCUGGUGUUGAGGAGAUUUUAAGUGUUGCCAGCUGCAAGUCUACAGCUUCUCUUUCAUGCCGCAUUUGGGAGCCAGCUCACAGGCGGAGCAGUAAACUUCUUGCACAACACAGAGAAAAGGGGAGUCCAGGACUUCAUUUUCUUUCGGGUUAACAUCCCAGACCCAAAUGUCGUCCCGUUGCUACGCGCUACAUAAAGCCGCUGCAUAAGCUGAAGUUUCGUUUAUUGAUGACUUGGAGCGAGGGCUGUCGCUGGCUGCGGAGUCCUAAAGAGGGUAACCCGAGGUGCGGUGAAGAUGGAAGGACACGAAGCUUCCGACUGGAGCAGCUACUACGGGGAACCGCAGGAGGCCUAUUCGACGGUGCCAGUGAACAGUAUGAACCCGGGACUGGGCAGCAUGAACAGCUACAUGAGCAUGAACAGCAUGGGCUCCGGCGGCAACAUGACCUCGGGCUCCUUCAACAUGUCCUACGGGAACCCAGGGAUGGGCACGGGGCUGAGCCCGGGCAUGGCCACGAUGCCAGGCGGCGGGCCGGGCGCUAUGGGCGGCGGGGUGACGGCCAUGAGCCCGAACCUGAGCAGCCAGCAGGCGUCCAUGAGCGCGCUGAGCCCGUACUCGAGCCUGAGCCCGGCCCUGAGCCCCAUGGCCUACAGCCAGAGUAACCUGAGCCGGCCCAGGGACAGCAAGAGCUUCCGGCGCAGUUACCCGCAUGCCAAGCCGCCGUACUCUUACAUCUCGCUGAUCACCAUGGCGAUCCAGCAGGCCCCCAGCAAGAUGCUGACCCUCAGUGAGAUUUACCAGUGGAUCAUGGACCUGUUCCCGUAUUACCGCCAGAACCAGCAGCGCUGGCAGAACUCCAUCCGCCACUCGCUCUCCUUCAAUGACUGCUUCAUCAAGGUGGCCCGCUCCCCGGACAAACCGGGCAAAGGCUCCUACUGGACCCUGCACCCGGACUCGGGAAACAUGUUCGAGAACGGCUGCUACCUGCGACGCCAGAAGCGCUUCAAGUGCGAGAAGAAGUCGGCGCUGCGGGCGGACGGAGCGCGCAAAGAAGCCGCGCCUCAGGGCAGCCCGGCAGCCGCCAGCAGCCGCCCCGGGCCGCUGGCCCAGGCCGAAGGCACGCCGGCCCUCAGCGACUCGAGCAGCUCGUCCAGCCCGGACACCGAGCUCGGCAAGCCGCAGGCUCCGCUGGCCAGCUCGGGCCCGGCACUGGCUGGAGGCCCGGCCUUGGGCAACGCGCUCAGCCUGAGCCCGGGGCCUCCGCCCCUCGGCCACGUGUCGGCCGCCGACUCGCAGCAAGUACACCACCUGAAGGGAGAGCCGCAUUACUCUUUCAACCACCCGUUCUCCAUUAACAACCUCAUGUCGUCCGAACAGCAGCAUCACAAGAUGGACUUGAAGGCUUACGAGCAGGCCAUGCAUUACUCCAGCUACGGGAGCAGCGGGCUGGCCCUCAGCUCUAUGGGCAAGAGCAGCCUGGAGCCCUCGGUCCUGGCCAGCGAAGCCUCCUACUACCAAGGUGUGUAUUCCAGACCUGUUCUCAACACCUCUUAGUCUUACAUCUAAAAUAGAGGAGCUUAAACCGUCAGAUCAUCAUCGACACUUUGCCCCUUUUCGGGAUUGCUAUUUCAGCACCGUUGUGUGCAAAGACUGUUACUUUUACAAGAUUUAACAUGUAUUAAAAACUGUGGAAGUGCAAAGUAGCUGCAGAGUUUGACGACGAAUCACGACUGUACAUUUCGCGGAGAAUAUCUCGCAAACAACUGCAGAAUGUAUUUAAUUUUUUUUUUAGAACCGUGUUGUAUAAUUCUAGAAUUCGUUGUGUGAUCCUGUACCACUUUCUCCGCGUCCACUUACUAUUCCCAGAGGCUGCCCGCAAGUUGUGAUAAACGCAAGACUAGUCUCGACCACUUAAAUACAUGAGCGGAAGAGAGAAGAGCGUUAGGGUAAGCAUGGGGGUUGAAUAAAAUGAGCUGCUUGGAGAAAAUAACUGUGUUAAUUCUACGAAACUACUCUAUAAUAAAAACUCGACAGGACGCUGUGCAGUUUUAGUGAAACAAAGACGAAGACGAAAGCCGUUUCCCGUUUCAUGUGUUCAUGUCGAUUCAUUGGCAUUUUUUUUUUCAAAGCGGGUUGAUUGUAAAAAUGAACCAAAUGUUACCUGCAUCAGGAACCAGGAAAAGUUACUAUAUUUUUCGUUCCGCGAUGCCUUUUAACUCUUAUUUCCAUCCAGUGUUAAUGCACUUUCCCCCCCCCCCCCCCCCCGUUUUUAGAUGUCUAGAAAUGUUGGUGGUAGCAUAUAGCCAGACGGGUUCUUGCGGCUUUUCUCAAUGUGCCUAAUUUAUUGCAUGAUCUACUCUAGGUCCUUUCUAGUUUUAAGUUGUCGAGAAAUAAUGAUACAAAUUACAAAUUGAAUUUAAGGAGUUGUUAAUUUUGUAUUUGUAAUUCUAUGAAAAUAAAAUUAUUUUGAUUU